ACGACGGCACUAUUGGAUUCUGGAGCAUUCUCUUGCUAUAUCGACCAAAGAUUCACUGAGAAGCACGGGUUUAAGAUAAUACCUCUAAACCAUGAAAUCCGAAUCCUCAACGCAGACGCCAGCCCCAACAAGGGUGGCGCAAUUACUCAUCGUGUAGUCACAAGCAUCUUAAUCGGGGGGCACCGAUCAACCGAGAGUUUGCUCGUCACAAACCUUGGACGCAUGUCAAUGAUCCUUGGCAUGAAAUUUAUACAAGAACAC